AUGCGGUCGCUGAUGCAAGUUCACCAGGAGCUGUUCUGCAGCGGCGGCAGACCAGACGUCGACGUGAACGGCAGCGCCCGCGUGAAACGCAUGGAGCUGCCCAAGUUCAGCCUGUUCAUGUACGAUGGCCACGACAUUGUCAGCGACCACAUGAAGGGCGGUGGCUGGGAGAAAGAGGAAAUUGACGAAAUGCUCUGGGCACUCGAGGCGAAGGUGCCGCCCGCCGGCACACCGGUGCAAGGCAAGCUGCCGCCGGCCAGAACUUGGGCAAAGCCCUCGCGGCCGCUGAUGGUGGAGGUCGGCGCCAAUGUUGGAUGGUUUACGGUGAACGCUGCGGCCGCCGGCGCCGAUGUGGCUGCAUUUGAGGCCAUGUCUGAAAACACCCUGCUGAUGCGCAACACGCUCUGCGACAACCCAAAGCUAGCCGCGCGCGUCGCUCUUCACGGGACUGGCCUUGGCUCCAGGCGGUCCACUUGCCACAUGAUCAGUGGCGAUGGGAACCUGGGGGACGGCCUCAGCAUCUGCGACAGGGACCCGCAGGUGGACAUCAAGGCACAGGCCAAAGCUGGACAUACUUACCUGCUGCGUGGCGAGAUGACCACCAUGCGUCUGGAUCCGGAUAGCCUCCUGGAUGAGGAGGUGCAGGUCUUGAAGAUGGACAUAGAGAGCUUUGAGCUGGACGCCCUGCGCGGCGCUUCUGGCCUGAUGCGGCACCACAACGUCUGGUUCAUGAUUAUUGAGUGCAACGUCGGGAUGAUCGGCGAGGCCGCAAAGAUUGAGCUGAUGACAUUUAUAGACAACCUGGGCUACGCAAUCAGCAACAGGUCAUUCAGGGGCCCCUGGAUAGACCCUGCGCAGAUCAGCAAUGGCACCACCAAGCUGGACAGGGUCAGCCUGUUUGCAGUCAAGAAGACGUGGAAAGCAGCCCAAGACAAGGUGGACAGGCGCCUGCUGUGA